AUGCCUAAUAUCAAGUACUUAAAUUUGAAGGGUGCACAAGUCAAUCGGGAUGGUCUUGUCACGUUGUUGCGCGGAUGCAAAGAUCUGGUGCUGUUGGACGCCAGAGAUUGUUAUGGAUUCGAUGAGAACGACGAUGAAAUAUCAAAGCUUGAGUCUCAUAUUAGUAAAUUUAUGUGCGAAGCUGCUGUGGCAUGGGGAGCUGGAAAGCCUUUGGUGAUAGAGGAAGUGAAUGUGAAUCCGCCUCAGGCAAUGGAGAUAAGGAUCAAAGUCGCCUGCACCUCUCUCUGUCGCAGUGACAUCACUGCCUGGGAGUCUCAGGUUGCACAGGGUGCUAAGCUUAGGGGAGCAUCUCAAAUAAUUGGUGUUCACACUAAUUUGUAUCUGGCGUUUCUUUGA